CAAGUUCUCUUCUCCUCCACCAUACGCGAGUAUGCGCGGUGUUCCCGCAGUGCUCCUUGUCAUCCGAAAUGUAAAUCGUGAUAGGAUUCAUUUUUUCCCUAUAUAAACCAGUAUAAAUUCUUCGUUCGCGGUAUAACGUCUUCUGCACGGGACGAUAACGACAAGCUGAAUGAAGCUACGGGAGCUUUGCAGGCUUUGCUAUACCGGCCGGAAAUAAUAUCGUUACGUAAAAGAUCGAGACGAAGACUCGGACGAUGACGUCACACCACGUGUAUCUUCUUCGUCAACGAAUGUUUCUGACCACACGCGAUGAGUUUCUCGAUUAGUGCAUAUAGUGUGGUCGUAGUUAUGCUGUCCCUUUGGCUGUGCCGAGCGACAUGCGGUGGUACUUGAUUUGGUUAGCCUUGGCGCAUUAUAUUAUCACUACUCCAGUCAAGGCACAUCAGUCACGUCAAGCACCCAGCGACUAUGCGGCCACCGAAUGUUGCUCCUGCCGGUUCGAGGAUACGCGAUACAUGAGUCGAGUCUGUGGUGUCGGUAGUUUUAUGACGUUGGUUCAACACGCGAUGUCCUCCAGAUGCGACAUUGCUGAUCCUUGUCGACGACUGGGCAGAGACGAAGCACCGAACGAAAACGAAUGGUUCGACUUUAUAAUUGUCGGCGCAGGUGUGGCCGGGCCAAUAAUCGCGAGAAGAUUGAGCGACGAUCCACGGCGAAAGGUUUUGCUCAUCGAAGCUGGCCCGGAAGAACCUAGUAUGACAGCUAUACCAGGAUUUGCGUUCACGGCCAUAAAUACGUCUCUCGAUUGGAACUUCAAGACGGAACCAACGUUCGCGCACCCUACCGCCUGUUUAGAAACGGGCGGCGUCUGCACUUGGCCAAGAGGUAAAAUGGUCGCCGGAACUGGCGGUUUGCACGGUAUGAUGUACAUCCGAGGACACCCUGAAAUCUACAAUCGUUGGGCGCGGGAGGGUAACUUGGGUUGGUCCUACGACGAGAUCAGUCAUUAUUUUGAACGGGUGGAAAAUCCAAUCGAUCCAACAAUCUUGUCGGAUAAGCCUAGAACCCUGAACCAGGGCGGCCCGAUGAAUAUUCAGUAUUAUCCGCACAAGCCGGAUUUUGCGGACGUACUGUUGGCAGCCGCUGGUGAGCUAGGUUACAGAACCUCUCGGUUGAAGGAAUACAGCCAAACCGGCUUCAUGAUUGCGCCGAUGACGACCGACAGUGGCAUGCGUCUCACGACUUCGAGAGCAUAUUUGAGACCUAUUCACGACCGCAAAAAUCUGCGAGUGCUGACAAAUGCGCGAGUCACCAAGAUCUUGAUUAGCCCGUGGGAGCAGAAAGCUUACGGCGUGGAACUAGUGGAUAAAAACGGCUACAAGAGGAUGGUGAAAUGCGAUAAGGAGGUGAUUCUGACAGCUGGUGCUAUCGGUUCACCGCACAUCUUGAUGAAUUCUGGCGUGGGACCCGAAAAGGAUCUUAGCAAGUACGGUAUUAAAGUGUACAAAGACCUGCCGGUUGGUAAGAAUCUGCACAAUCAUGUAUCCGUGGGGGUGCCCAUGAGCAUCAGGGAUAUCCCAUACGAGAUUAUGACCAUGGACGCCGUGAAUGAAUAUUUGGAGAGCAAGACGGGUCCGUUAGCCAGCACCGGUAUCACUCAAGUCACUGCUUUCCUCGAGAGCAGUUACGCGCGCAACGGCAUACCGGAUAUCCAAGUCUUCUUCGACGGUUUCAGUUCCCGUUGUCCGAAAACUGGUCUACCUAACGAGUGCAUCAACAACGAUAAGCUUCAGUCCGCGUGUCCAGACAGAAGAGAGAUCGUGGCGAGACCUACGGUGGUUUACACGGAGAGUCGAGGCGACUUGAAACUUGGUUCAAAUAAUCCUUUGGAUCCACCGCUGAUAUAUCCAAAUUACUUUACAAACGAAAAGGAUCUGACGCGUCUGCUCGAAGGUGUCAAAAAGAUUAGCAAGCUCGUUGACACGCCCGCCAUGAAGAAGUGGGAUCUUCGCUUGGAACAAACGACGACAAGUCCAUUGUGUAGGGACUACCACUUUGGCACGGACGCUUUCUGGAUGUGUCAAGCAAGGGCGAAAACUGGACCGGAAAAUCAUCAAUCUGGGACAUGCAAGUUGGGACCGAGUACCGAUCCAAGCGCGGUUGUAGAUUCGGAACUUCGAAUACACGGUAUAUCGAAUAUCCGCGUCGCCGACGCUUCCAUCUUUCCCCGUGUGCCAAACUCAAAUCCCAUCGCUGGAAUCAUGAUGGUAGCUGAAAAGGCAGCUGAUAUGAUAAACAAUGCUUGGCCACAAAAAUUUUAGAUGUACAAGUUUUUGGUACACUAGAUUGCAAUAAAAUUGGUGGUAAAUCAAGUAUUAUUUCCUCUUUUUUUCUUAAGAUGUAAUUUUUAGUUGUAGUUUAAACCAAACUUUGUACUUGUAACGUUACAUUCGUAGAUAUUCACGUGCAGAUAUUUCGAUAUUCGUGUAUAGGUACGCGCAUAUGAUGCAAGAACAGUCGCCCGUACAUACAUGUAAAAGCUAAUUUUUCUACAUUUUAUUUUUUAAAAGUAAAAGAUUCUAGAAAUUUUUUUAUUCCUUAAAUGAUUCAAUUGAUUUUACAGCAUGUUUUUAAGAGAUACCAGAUGUUUUAUUAAGCUCACGAUUAAUUACAUCGUGUAAUCUUAAUUUAUAGCUUAAACGUUUUGAUAACUUAUUUAGUAAUUUUUUGUUGUAUUCUUGAUAUAGGAGAUUAUACGGCACACUUCGCGCCGGAAAUCUGAGCCACACGCAGCGUUCGCGCUGACAAUGAGUUACAGCGUCUACGUUUACGUGCGCAUUAAUUUAUUGUUAUUUAAUUGAUGCAGCAUACGAAGCACUUUUCUCGUGUUUACCGAAUCUAUAGUGCAUAUCAGUCACGCGCGAUUUACAGCCAGUAAGAAAAAGAAAUUACAAAAAAUUGUGUCUUUUCUCACAUCAUCUCUUAUCAUUUCCAUUUCCAUGAUUUUUGAUGGACGUGUUAUGACGCAUAGCAAAGUUCCGAAAUGGACAUGCAGUUGGCCAAGUUAAUAAUAGAGGUAUGUUGCAAGAUGUAAUCUGCCUCGAGUCGUGAUUAAUAAUACGUGAAUUAAUGCCAUUGUCGAUACUUUUCUCUCUCUCUCUCUUCGGAUCAGAUAUGUACUGCGGAAAUAUGCGUGGCGAUAGGAUUAUACUCUUCGUACUCUUUAUCUUGCGAAAAAAUACUAUAAUAUCUUCAAUGCAAAAGUAUUUGUACCACGAGUUGGAAGAAGAUAAUAGUAACAUCAUGACAUAUGACAAAAAUGUUGUGACAAACGAUAUAUAGAGAUAUGAGCUCAUAAAAGUAUCUUAUAAAUUCGAAAGAUAAAAACAUCCAUCUGUAUAUAUAAGAUGGUUACGUACAAAAUACGAGAUUCAAUAUACUAACUAUUUUACAAUAUACGUUACACGAAUAAAGUCUAAAAUGUUUGCGCGUCUAUUUAUAAUAUUCGUAAUUUUUUAAAUAUAAUAUUAUAAAUUUUAUUACAAGCCCUUCUCCGCUCCUCUCUCUUAAGAUUUUUGAAACACAUCAUGUACAUACUAUAAGUAUACACAUCGUCGUGUAUAAUCCUUAUAGAAUUGGAAUGGAAAGGCAAGAUGUAACGAAAAGAUUUCAAAAUCAUUUGGCGAAAGUAAAACUUUCUUCAUCCGUGUACAUGCGUAAGUAAGCACGCGUCUAUAUAUAAAGAUAGAUAAUCUACAUAUAAACAAUAAUGCUUAAAAAAUUUUUGAAUAUG